AAUGUUUAUGUAACUCGUAGCAAAACAAAGGAACAUUUUAUUAUAGGAGGAAGGUUCAAAAUUGAAUGUUGUUAAAAAGCAAAAACAGGAAUCUGUAAUAAUGAUGCAAGCCUUCAGCUCAAUAGAUCAGUCGGUCAAUGGCCUCAUUCCCAUUGAUUCAGUGUCCUUGAAUAAGUGCACUUAAGGUCAAACUAUAACACCUAUAUGAAUGUAUUCGUUGGAAAACAACAUAAGUAAUUAUAUUUGGAAUUGCGUAUCUAGGUCAAAAUAGAGAGUAGUAACUGCUCAAAAAACUUCACAAACCUAUUUUGGAUAUCAUUAAUAUUCGGAUGAUCAGAAAGUGUUUAGAUUUUCAAAAUGGCGAUUGACACAAUUUCGAGGAACCAUGCCGCAAUAUGUACAUUUUGAACAAGGGUAAGGUGGAAUGUUACACCAAGGAAUUAAUGUGGAGGAACUGGAGUUUGAUGGGGAUACAGUCCUUUGUCGGGUUUGCGGUGAUAGAGCGAGUGGUUUCCACUAUGGCGUGCAUGCAUGUGAAGGAUGCAAGGGCUUUUUUCGACGGAGCAUACAACAGAAAAUUCAGUAUCGAUCCUGCCUGAAGAACCAACAGUGCAAUAUUGUUCGAGUGAACAGGAAUAGAUGUCAGUAUUGUAGAUUGAAGAAAUGUAUAGCCGUAGGAAUGUCACGCGACGCCGUGCGCUUUGGGAGGGUACCAAAAAAAGAAAAAGCUAAAAUUAUGGAACAAAUGCAGAAAGUGAACUCCCAGUCGCAGAUAUCUCUGCUGAGUUCGAUUCUUAAGAAUGAAACAGACAUGGUUUCCCAAAUCGUGAUGUCGCACAUGAAGACUACUGAUUUUACGAAGGAAAAGAUAGAGUUACUCACGAAGAAAGCAUGGGAGAAUCCUGAAUUUAUCACGGUGCCACAGUAUCUGGCAUGUCCUCUAAAUUCACCAACAGGGGACAAUGGAGUUGCCGAAGAUAUGUCAUCCAACUUUAUUCCCUCAAUUAAGAAUGUAGUGGACUUUGCUAAGCAGAUUCCUGGAUUCCCCAUUCUAUGCCAGGAGGACCAAGUCACCCUAUUAAAGGCUGGGACAUUUGAAGUUUUGCUGUUUCACUUGACUUGUCUUUUUGACUCGAAAACAAAUACCAUGAUGUUCCAUGAUGGCCGUCUUUUUAAGAGGAUACCAUCACAGACAGUUACGAACAGCGCCGGGUUUCUUCUGGACUCCAUGUUUGAUUUCUCGAACAGAAUUAAUAGCUUUAAUCUUACAGAUGAAGAAAUGGCUUUGUUUUCCGCCAUUAUCAUCGUCACAGCAGAUAGGCCUGGUCUUAGAAAUUCUGAGCAGAUUGACAGUAUUCAGAGCAAAAUAAUGGAAUGUCUCCAGAAAAUGAUGGCAAAGAAUCAUCCUGAAGAUCCAUCGUUGUUUGCGAAACUUCUUAUGAAAGUUCCGGAUAUCCGUACAUUAAAUGCUCUUCACUCAGAAAAAUUGUUAGGGAUGGCCAGCCAUUCAAAGUCACAAACAACAGCACAGCGGAAGACAAAGGCAGCAGCACCUUCGAAUCCUUUGCCAAAUAUGACUGUGUGUAAUGGCCCUAUGAAGGCGGGCAGUAGUGAUCUAGAUCCAUUGUAUCUGGACUUACCCCUGUACCCUGAAUACCCGUCUGCUACUGGUCAUAAAGGAGGCCCAUCAUCAGACAAUGAGCGUAUCAUACUCCAUACUCCGCAUAGGAUCAAAGAGUGCCCAAGCUCAUCAAGUAUUAAUGGCUCUAAUGUUGUAAAUAGCACCAGCUCAUCUUCUUCUUCACCAAAGAAUCAUCAGACGAUAUCUGAAAAUUCAAACAUAUCCAGUUCCAGUCUCGGAGUGAAUACCAGUCCAGGAGUGAAUAGCUCAAUUACAUGUACCUCACAAUUAGAUGAGGGUCCUAUUCCGCUGGAGUCCUUAAUCAAGAUGACACAAUCUGGUGACAACAAUACUCGUAAACGACCACAUCCUGAACCAAACAUCAUUAGUAGUAAGGCAAUGAGAGGAGAUGAUGGUAGCCCCAUAUUCCAUAACCCUUUAUAUCCAUUUUUGGACACAGAUGGCGCAGGUUUAGGGUUGUCUCGGACAAGUCCCAGUGAAAGUUCUGCAAGUUGCUCAUAUAAACCACAUAAGAAGUUUGACGUUUGUAAACGCUCAAGUUCAUCAAUGUCUAGUAACAACUCACAACUUGAUUCAUAUUUAAACUCAAGAGAAAAUAGUCCAAGAGAAAAUAGUCCAGACGAUUCUAUGUUGGAAAUACUCGCGAUACCUCGUGAGUAUCCAUUAAAUUCUCAAAAUUCAGAGCAGAAUUUUAAACAGAUUGAAACGGGAAACAAAUCUGAACAGGAAGUGAUACGCCAGAAUUAUCAAUGUAAUAGUAUGCUGGGAGAAAGAUUGAAACAUAUCAAUGGCAAUGCCUGGCAAUAUAUUACAGGAACCCGUUCUGACGAAAUGAGAAAACAUUUUGCGAAAUUAUCACAAUCAGGAUCACCAACUAAUAAAAUGCAUGAAUCUCCAAUUGUACCAAAUUCUAUGGACAUGUCAGUGCAAAAUAAAAUGCAGCAGUACACGGACAGCCACAGUUCCAAUUCUGCGUUUCCUCAAGAUCAAAGGCCAUGGCUUGCAUCGGGGACUCAGUAUAACUCACAGGUGGCGUGUAAUUUAUCACCAAGAGGUGUACAAAUGUCUCAACAUUUCCCACCGGGAAUGUUAUACCCAACUUCUCCCGCAAAGGGCUUACACGGCUUACCGGAUCUCAUUAACAUGCAGUAUAACCGCAUGAUGGUUUAUAACAAAGGCAGUAUCCACCAAUCGCAGCAGAUGAUGGGCAGCAGCUUUGCUGGUUAUCAGAUGGCACAUUCCUUGUCCAGUAACAGGCAAAAUGCCCCUUAUAUGAAUCAACAGCUCAACAGACACAGACAACAUAUCGAAUGGCAGAAACAAACUGAGACGUUGGCGCCAUAUAAGGAUAUGGGUGCUCAAAGAGACGUUAACCACAGAAUGACAAGUGUAACACCCACCCACAAUCCGCAUAACCAGCCUCUAAAUCUAACGGUUGGAGCUCAAAAAUCUGACGAUCCUCGGUCACCUGUUUAUAUCAAAAUUGAACCAGUUACUGUUACCUAGUAUGAACUUACUGAGGAAAUUGUGAAAUUGGCUUGAACUAGAAAGGAGAAAUUGGAUUGCACUAGCAAGAUGGACUUGACUUCCUCUCCACCCUAAAAGUUAAAUAUCUGCUAUAAACUGAAAUAAUUAUAGGCUUGCUCAAGUACAUAUUUGUACAAGUUUGGACUAAGGUUAUUGGCAAUGGCUUGCACAAUAAAGGCUUUCAUUUUUCUGAAAUCAUUUAGGUUUUGGUAAUAUGAUAAUUGCCAAUUUGAUCAUAGAUAUGUCCAUGGGCAUGAUAUGUC